GCGCAUCGUCGCGGUGCUUUCCUACCGCCGGCUGACCGUCCUCCGCGGCCCUUGCGGCGGGGCACCGCCGAACGGUGCAGCCAAGGAGCAGAGGAGCGACGAAAAGGCCUUCCGCCGAGUGACCGAUGAGGGCAUGGCCGCUCUUUUCCGGGACCAGCCU